AUGCAGGAGCUCGGAGACCUCAGGCAAGGAUAUUACUCCUCUAAGCCCCCAAUUCCACCCCCGAGGGAGGAGGGCGUGCUGCAGUCCCGGCGGCGGUGGCGGCGGCUGGAGGUGCAACCUCCCAGGUGGGAGGCGGGGGCUGCGGGCGCAGGAAAAGGCGCCUCGGGAGCCGGCGCUCGGCGGGGCCUCCUCGGGCCCCGGGCGCGGCGCGGCGAGUGGGAGCGAGCGCGCCGGGAGCACGGCCCGGCCGCCGCCGCCGCCGCCUCCUCGACGCUGCCCGCGGCUCCGGGGGGCAGCGUGUUCCCGGCCGGCGGCGGGCCCCUGCUCACCGGCGGUGCGGCGGUGCACAUCUCCGCCGCCGGCGCUGCCAAGGCCACCCUGUACUGCCGUGUCUUCCUGCUCGACGGGACUGAAGUGAGCGUGGACCUGCCGAAACAUGCCAAAGGCCAGGAUUUGUUUGAUCAGAUCGUGUACCACUUGGACCUCGUGGAAACAGAUUACUUUGGCCUCCAGUUCCUCGACUCUUCCCAGGUUGCGCACUGGCUGGACCAUUCCAAACCCAUAAAAAAGCAGAUGAAAAUUGGACCUGCUUAUGCUUUGCACUUUCGAGUUAAAUAUUAUUCUUCGGAACCGAACAACCUUCGUGAAGAGUUUACAAGGUACCUGUUUGUUUUACAACUCAGGCAUGACAUUCUUUCAGGAAAACUGAAAUGCCCAUAUGAAACGGCUGUGGAAUUAGCUGCUCUCUGUCUACAAGCGGAGCUGGGGGAGUGUGAGCUUCCAGAACACACGCCAGAGCUUGUGUCUGAGUUUCGGUUCAUUCCAAAUCAGACAGAAGCGAUGGAAUUUGAUAUCUUCCAGAGAUGGAAAGAGUGCAGGGGAAAGAGCCCUGCCCAGGCGGAACUGUCCUAUCUGAAUAAAGCGAAGUGGCUGGAAAUGUAUGGGGUAGACAUGCACGUUGUCAGGGGAAGAGAUGGCUGUGAAUAUUCUCUUGGACUGACCCCGACAGGCAUAUUAAUCUUUGAAGGAGCUAACAAAAUAGGCUUAUUCUUUUGGCCAAAAAUUACCAAGAUGGAUUUUAAAAAGAGCAAAUUGACAUUGGUGGUAGUGGAGGAUGAUGAUCAGGGACGGGAGCAAGAGCACACAUUUGUCUUCCGGCUGGACAGCGCCAGGACCUGUAAGCACCUCUGGAAAUGUGCGGUCGAGCAUCACGCCUUCUUCCGCCUGCGGACGCCGGGAAAUAGCAAAUCGAACAGAUCAGACUUCAUCCGGCUGGGGUCUCGCUUCAGAUUCAGUGGACGGACAGAGUAUCAAGCCACACAUGGGGCCAGGUUACGGAGAACCAGCACCUUUGAGCGGAAGCCUAGUAAACGCUAUCCAUCCCGGAGACAUUCGACGUUCAAAGCAAGCAACCCAGUGAUAGCGGCUCAGUUCUGCUCUAAAACAAAUCCUGAAGUCCAUAAUUACCAGCCUCAAUACCAUCCCAAUAUCCACCCCAGCCAGCCUCGGUGGCACCCUCACUCUCCAAAUGUAAGCUACCCGCUCCCUUCCCCAGGGCUCAGCAGCGCGGACCGGCUGCCUUUUGGCAUCGAGGAGAACGGGGGCACGCCUUUCACUACCAAAGCUUCAGGAAGGCACCACCACCACCACCACCAGCACCAGCACCACCCAAACUAUGGCCUCUCGCUGACUCUGGAGAACAAGGAGGGGCCUCUGAGAUCCCCAAACUCCAGCAGUAAAUCCCUUACAAAACUGAGUCCAGGAGGACCUGCCCUGUUCAGCGAAGCUGCUGCCCAUCUAAAGAAGCUGGAAUUGGAAACUGUGAAGGCGGCGGGACCCUGGCCUGCUCUGCACAUCAACAUAAAUAAGGCUGAAGAAAAAAAGGUUUCUGAGAAGACUCUUCAGACCCCACUUUUGCCUUCCCCUGUAGCUGAUCACGUGAAGUGUAACAUUUUGAAAGCCCAGCUGGAGAACGCAUCCCGAGUAAGUGCUCAGGUUGGAAAAGAGGAAUCGACGUUUGUAAAUAUCAAUAAGAAAUCCAGUCUGCAGGAUGCUAAAGUAAGAAGUCCUAUUCCUAUACGUGUGGAAACUACCCAACCAGCUGUGGAAAAGCCGGAAAUCAAGCCUCCCCGAGUGAGGAAGUUAACAAGACAAUACAGUUUUGAUGAAGAUGACCUCCCUCCCGACCUGGCCGAGGCAGUAGGAGCGUCCACAGCCGCAACCACACACACCACCACGGCCACCACGCAAGUCUCAGCGCCACUGGUGUCCCCCAAGGGCCACAAAGUCAGCUCGCCUCAGAAUUCAGAAGGCAAGGGCCCGCUGUCCCCAGGGGCCAAGAGUCCCUCUGACCGAGGAGGUGCCUUUACGUUGGAGCCAGGCGAUCUCCUGAUGGACUUCACGGAAGCUACUCCUCUGGCAGAGCCCGCCAGCGCCCCCCACUGUGCCCACUCUCGCUGUUCUCCUCCACUCUCUCCCCCCAUGAAGGAAGAGACCACUGGAGUUUGCAUGCACCCUCCAAUCAAAACGAGGCUGAUAAAAACGUUCCCGGCUGAUCCAGUGACCCCGUUUCCUGAUGCUUUCAUUACAGGGCCACAGUUCGCCGCAGACUUUAGAGACAGUAAGUUACAGUGCUGUCCUGGCCAGUCUUCCCCACUGAUUCCAUCAGUGACCCUGAGGCCUUUGACAGAGACCGUCUCCACCGUGCAGACCAUCUACACCACGCGGAAGCCUGUUUCUCUGGCAGCCAGUGCAGAGACGCUCCGGCAGGAACUGGAAAGAGAGAAAAUGAUGAAAAGACUAUUGAUGACCGAACUGUGAAAUUCUCCCCUUGUUGCCUGGAGGAUGGCAUGGUGCCUUCUGUCCGUUUUCUUUCUUCGGGCUUUGUGUGCUCACUCCAGCACAACACACAGAUGUGUGCUCUGUUCACCAGGUCUCCAU